UACUUCGGCCUGUCUGCUCCCAGCAGCGCGCGCUUUGAGUGCCCUACCCGGCCUCCACUCCCGCGCGCGGGUCGGAGUGCUGAGCGCCCUCCCGGAUUUGGGCUCCCGCGGGCACAGUCACUUCCUUUUUCUACCCACUCUAGUAACUUUUUCCUCUACUGGGCUCUUUCCCUUAGGGUCUCUGGCCCUGUUCUUGUCCCAGCAUGACUUUUAUCGGGGCGCUGUCGUGGAAGCCUCAUGCAGGAGCCCUGCCCCCAUGGAGAACAUCCCACUGGUGACUCCAACCCUGCCACCAUGAAUGGGGUCUUGAUCCCCCAUACGCCCAUCGCAGUGGACUUCUGGAGCCUGCGCCGGGCUGGCACCGCACGGCUCUUCUUCUUGUCUCACAUGCACUCGGACCACACCGUGGGCCUGUCUAGCACCUGGGCCCGGCCCCUCUACUGCUCCCCAAUUACAGCCCACCUCUUGCAUCGUCACCUACAGGUAUCUAAGCAAUGGAUCCAAGCCCUGGAGGUUGGUGAGAGCCAUGUAUUGCCCCUAGAUGAAAUUGGACGAGAGACCAUGACAGUAACCCUCAUCGAUGCCAAUCACUGUCCUGGUUCAGUCAUGUUUCUCUUUGAAGGAUAUUUUGGAACCAUCCUCUAUACAGGUGAUUUUCGAUAUACACCAUCCAUGCUAAAGGAGCCAGCUCUGACACUGGGGAAACAGAUCCAUACUUUAUACCUAGACAACACCAAUUGCAACCCAGCCCUAGUUCUUCCUUCCCGACAAGAAGCUGCCCACCAGAUUGUCCAGCUCAUUCGAAAGCACCCACAACAUAACAUAAAGAUUGGACUUUACAGCCUAGGAAAGGAAUCACUGCUGGAGCAGCUGGCCCUGGAAUUUCAGACCUGGGUGGUAUUGAGUCCUCGGCGCCUGGAGUUGGUACAGCUACUGGGUCUGGCAGAUGUGUUCACAGUGGAAGAGAAGGCUGGCCGUAUCCAUGCCGUGGACCAUAUGGAGAUCUGCCAUUCCAACAUGCUGCAUUGGAACCAGACCCACCCUACCAUUGCUAUCCUCCCCACAAGCCGAAAAAUCCGCAGCUCCCACCCUGAUAUCCACGUCAUCCCUUACUCUGACCAUUCCUCCUACUCUGAGCUUCGUGCCUUUGUUGCAGCACUGAAGCCUUGUGAGGUGGUGCCCAUCGUCAGUCGACAGCCAUGUGGAGGUUUUCAGGACAGUCUGAGCCCCAGGGUCUCCGUGCCCCUAAUUCCAGACUCUGUACAGCAAUACAUGAGUUCUUCCUCUAGAAAACCAAGCUUUCUCUGGCUAUUAAAAAGGAGGCCAAAGAGGCAGAGAACCCAGGGUGUUGUAUUUGAAUCCCCUGAGAAAAGUGCUGAGCAAUCUCAAGCUAGCAGAGACUCAAAGAAGGCCAAGAAAGAGAAACUUUCUCCCCGGCCUGCACACCUUGAAGAGCAGCCCUCCCACCAUCCUUUGCAGAUCAAGAAGCAGUUGUUCCCAGACUUCUGCAGCAAAGAAUGGAAUGAGGCAGUGCCUUUCUGUGAGUCCCAAAAGAGGGUGACUAUGACUGCCCCAUUGGGAUUUUCAUUGCACUUAAGGUCUACAGAUAAGGAGUUUAUCUCUCUAGAAACCAGGAAGGAAACUGGUUUAGGGCCCCCCUUGGUACCCAUGGGAGCUGAUGGAGAUCCAGAAGCCACAGGGAAUCAGAGUGCCUGGAUGGGCCAUGGUUCUCCCCUGUCCCACAGCAGCAAGGCCACCCUUCUUCCAGCUACCGAAUUCAGGGGUCUAGCACUCAAAUACCUUCUGACUCCAGUGAACAUUUUCCAGGCAGGGUAUUCUUCCCGAAACUUUGACCAGCAAGUGGAAAAAUACCAUAAACCUUUGCUGAAGUAGACUGGAGAGUACAGAAUGACAAGCUUGUCUGAGCCCACACUGCAGUUUUGAAGAUAGUAACUGAUGGCUGGUGGGAAAGAGUUUGUUUUGGGGACCUACUUUUCUAUCUUUACAGGACCCUUAUGAGCCCACCCUGGAGUGGCACUUCCGAAAACUCAUUCACUGGGGUCCUUGUGCCUAUGGGAUCCUUCGUUUUAUAAUCGAUUAUAUUUAAGAAAUACUUCUUGUUAUAAAGUCUUUGGAAUAUGCAUGAACACAUUUUAGAAGACCUACAGUAACUUAA